UGAUCCCUAUGCCGCUUAUGAUACCGAUGGUCCAUUGGAUGAUUACGAGUAUCCUGGUGCGCCAACAGCACUACAAAAGCAACAAUAUCAACAACAGUUGCAGCAACGGCAGCUACUCCAGCAACAGAAACAGCAACAACAAGAAAAACAACCGCAAAGCCGCCCACAACAGACCACAACACAACAGCAACAGCAGGCGGUCCAAGGGGCCGACACGCAGAACCGCCCAUCAGUCGACACCUCCACCGCCCCCACGGAGAAUACACUACUCUCUACGCUGAAAAGCCUCAAAAUCAUGUGGGACAUUUACCAAGCAUUCGCUGCCGCCUGGAAUGUGCUCGCGACACAUCGACAAAAACAAGAGCAACAACAGCAAGAGGCAGCGAAACGUCGUCAACAGCAAAUCGCCGCACAGCAAAUGCGUAUCAAUUCGAAAAAACCGCCCAAAUUCGAAGCGAAGGACAAAUUUGCACAAAGGAAUAGCAGCAGCAACAGCAACAGCAACAAAAACGCUGAUAAUGGUGGUGGCGCUUUAGUGAAGGGUGCUGGUGCUGCCACAACGGCCGCAAAGCUAGUUAGGCCCAAUAACAAAGCGACUAAGAAUCCUAAAACCACCACAACAACAAAAAGCACUACGACAACCGAAUUGGCGGUAGUGAUGAGCAGUGAAGUGGAAGAGCCGGUUGCCAGCAGCAGCAGCAGCAGCAGCAGCAGCAGUGGCGGUGCGGGCAAAAAAAAAGUGGGCACAAAAGGUGAUGCGGUGGCGCGACAAAAUGCUCAGGGUAAGCGUGAGAAACGUCAAAUGUCUGAGGCAAGUGAUGCGACGAAAUCGACAGAUGUGGGCGAAGGUCGAUACAUCAAAGGCGAUCCGUUGAAGGGUUACUAUGAUUUUGUCAUCACCGAGGGUUCCUAUAAAUUCUGGGCUGUCUUUCAGACUGGCACUGCAUUGCUGAUCAUUUACUCGACCUUCGCAGCCAUUUACUACUCGAAAGUAAAUCCGCUGGUGUCCGAUUACGACUACACCGACUACUUGGGCGGUGCGCGUUCACUGAGCGGUGGCGACGACGACUUCAUCGAUGAUGACAGUGCCAGCAACAGCAAUGGAAUGCGACGAGGUGGCUGGUUCGAUGGUAUGCUGCCACGCGCUGGGCGUACGUUAAAAUAUAUAUUCGAUGCGCUCGAUAAACUGCCGGUGGACCAUCGCGAAGAGGAUGAGGUAAUGAAAAGCGAGCAUUUAACGACAGCAGUGUCAGCGCAGCCGGAACAGCAGCCGUGGGCAUUAAAAGUAGGAGGGGUAGCGAAUGAAAGCGACGAUACGACCGUGACAGUGGAGGCGGAUGCGAACGAAGAGGAGAAUGAAGGGAGGAAGAGGAAUUAAUGCAGCGGCAAGUUCGCGCGUAUGCCGCUUGAUGAGCGAAAA